AAUGGAGGCGUUGGCAGAGCUAGAGCGAGUCCAGACUCGAAUCCUCGAACGAAUAUUGAAGCUAGAGCUCACUCACCUGCCUCAUAAUGCUGAACCUAUCUCUUCUUCCUCUCCUCUCACCAACGGCGAUGCCAGCGCCGAUGUCGAAGCUCGUCUUUCCAAUAUUCUACGGUCCAAUGCCGUCAACGACUUCAUGUUCAAGAGAGUCGCCUCCAAUUAUUAUGAAUGGCCUCUCGAGUCCCGCCGCGACGCCCUCGGUGCCGCCUCUGUCCAUCAUCUUUGCAAAAGCAUCGUUUUGGUGAAUACUCAAGCCCCUCCCAAUGUAAUUGAUUGUAGUGAUUGGAACAAUUCAAAGUAUUAUGUUGUUGUAGUUCAGUAUACUGCUAGAUUCAAUGCUGAAACUGUCAAAAAUUUUCUCUACACACUCAACAAUGGCAAGAUAUCAAAGAAGAAAUUUAACUUGAGACUUGCUCCCGAGGAGACAUCAAUAAAGUUGACUGGCUAUGAACACAAUGCAGUUACUUGCAUUGGUAUGCAAACUGACAUUCCAGUAAUUUUAGAUGAAGCCCUUGUAAAGCUUAAUCCCGAUUUCUUCUGGUUGGGAGGAGGCGAGGUUGAUCUGAAGCUUGGAAUCAGAACCUCUGAAUUCAUCAACUUUGUCAAACCUUUUAUUGUCAGCUGCAGUGGUAGCUAAUUAUACUAAUUCAUUCCACAAUAACAAGAAACUACAUGGGAAUCCAGUCUGGUGG